UAAAUGUAUCCAUUUUAAUUUGUUCUGAAUGAUGUAUUCACUUUGACACCACUUAAUUAGGUUUGUUAUGGUUUAAAUAUAACUCUGAUUGAUAUUCGUCUAGUUGAUUGCAGUGGAUCGACUUUAUCAAGACUUUGUCUUUAGGAACAACUUCAUAGUGAAAAUAGUGAGAAUAAGCUAUUUACAGUCACUUUUACUGACUUUUACUGGCAUUUUCUGGCAAGUUUCAAUUUUUCUAGUGCAACAGAGUUUGAUUUCAAAGUUGAACAAUCACCAUUUAGACUCAAUUUUUCGUUAAUUAUAUUUAGCUCUUGUUUUGAGAGUGUAAGGCUCUACAAUUUCAUCAAAUUGACGCGUUUUUCCAAAUAAUGUCACACCUGGAUUUAACAAGAGAUGACGAGGCCAACAUAAAUGUCCAUUACAUAAAUAACAUUCCACCCGAAGUUUUUAAAUACAUUUUGAGCCAUCUUCCUCAUUACAAUGAUCUACUCGUUUGUAAAUUAGUGUGUAAAUAUUGGUAUGAUUGCGUUAUUUCGACUCUGGAAACCAGAGCUAGGAAGUUCAAAACAUGUUUACGUUCAUCUAACAUUGAAUGGUAUCGCUAUUAUCCUUUAGAUGUUCCUCAUAUCUCAGCCAGAUAUUCUCAUAGUUGCUGCCUUCAUUCGAAUCUUAUGUACAUCUUUGGUGGAUGUAAUAGCGGGAAGACAACUUUCAAUGAUCUUUGGACAUUUGAUCUAUCUCAACGUCAAUGGAUAAGACCAUUGGCAUCUGGAAACUAUCCUCCUCCAAAAGCAUGUUGUUCUCUUGUGGCUUUUAAAGAUAAAUUAAUCUUAUUUGGUGGCUGGACACACUCAUCGUCCAAUAGAAUUCACGACUCUUGGAAAUUAUUUAACCAUGUGCAUGAAUUUAAUACUAAAACUGAGAAAUGGUCUCUUAUAGAAGCAAUGUCUGACUGUCCACCAUUGGCUGGACACAAUGCUUGCAUUUAUGGCAAUGAAAUGAUUGUAUUUGGGGGAUUGCAAUCUAUGGAGAAUGCUCCAUAUAAUUAUCUACCUAGUAACGACAUUUAUGUUUUCAAUAUUUUGAGUCACAAUUGGCGUAAAGUCGAAACGAUUGGUAUUAAGCCUCCUUCCAGAUAUGGUCACUCUCAAUUUAUAAUUAACGAUCAUUUAGUCAUUCUCGGAGGAUCUGCUGGUCCAAAGAAACCCUUAUCCGACUUUUGGAUUUUAGAUUUGAGAAAUGAGCCAUGGACUUGGCAUCAAGUAGAAGUUGUUAAUAAUGAAUCAACAGAGCAACCUAUCAUCGGUACUAAUCCAGUGUGCAAGGUUGAUGACUUAUUAGUUUGUCUAAGUCGCAAUGUCAAUGCGAAAAAUCCGCCUUCCUUAAAUGAUGCAAACUUUUUCAAAAAAAUUUUAGAACGACAUCGAGGCAAACCCUGCGGAUCCAUCAACAAACCUCGUUAUCGCCUUCAACCUCAACCUUCGCAAUUAGAAAGGCGUAAAAUUAUGAGUUCUGGAGUAUUAGACAUGAACAAUGAGACAAUCAAGGCAGCCAAUAACAACCGUCGAACCGUCAAUGAUUCGUCCAAUAAUAUCCAAGGCAGAGGAAUAAAACCUAUCAAACUGUCUACUCAAAAGUCACACUUCUCACCUAACAUGCAUGACGCCCUGUUUUUAUAUAACCUGGACAUCUCACAGAUUAUUAGUCAUAAAAAAGUCUCUUGGCUGCAACAAGAAAAUUCAAUACCAGGCCCUCAGCAGCUUCAUUUGUACAGCCUAGUUGUUGGAGACUCCGAAAUUAUCAUGUUCGGAGGGAUAAGGAUAGAAAAUGGUGUGGCAAACUCAACUGUUUCCAAUUCCAUCUAUAUCGUCACCGCACAAAAAACAGUCAUUUAACUUUUUGCCACUAUUAAAAUGCUCUAAAUUUUUUGCUCCUAA